AUGGCCGAUAUCAAAACUGAGGAUGCGUUGGCCCAGACAGGCCACGAAACUCAGGCAAGUGACUCGAACCAACUGCCACAAGAAGUGGAUGAGACUGACUACGCAAAGCUCUACGAGGACCUCCAAAGUCGGUUCAACGAGGUUUAUGCGGUGUCCCAUAAAUUGGCAAUCACUGAAAGAGCUCAGAGACAAACGCUAUAUCACUACAGACGAAAAAUUGACGCUUUGCUAGAUUAUAUGGCUGAACUUAAAGAUUACGAGGAGGAGUCGCUCGAUACGCCGUUGAAGCUCGAUACCACAAAAAUCGAAAACGUUAUCAAAAGGAAACCAGAGUUAUCCGAGACACUAAAGCCACUUUUACAAAUGUCGAAUGAAGAUGACCCCAAAGACAUCAAAUUUAAACGAUCGUACAAUGUGAACCUUACAGUUGAUGAGCUGAUUCCAGAGAUCCAGCAGGACGAAUUGGAUGCCGUUGAAGUAAAUCCGCAGGAGACUGAGAUGUGGGUCAGAAGAAACUAUCCCCAUUUGGUAGUAUCCAAAUUUAGACCUGUAGAAAUUCGUGGCAAAGAUGUGAGAGAGUUCAGCGAUUCCCAGUCACUGGCGCCCAAAAAGCGGAGGAAAAAUAUGAUAAAGGAGUAA